UUUGCGAAGUCAGCUUCAUAGGUGAAACGCACCUUAUAAACCACCAAACUACAUUAAACAGCGGCCUUCAACUCCAGAAGAUGAUGAAAACAAUUAUUAACUCCUCAUCAUAUUUCUCUAAGAUCAUAUUAGCAUGUAACAUGCUAACUCUAAUCUUCCUUAUAAUUAUUAGUACGAAUCACAUUGCAAUUAAGGGUCAACAAGAGAGCAACAACCAGACUACAAAUAGCACGAGGCUAAGGAUAGCGGUUCCGGUUAAAGAUGGCUUUACCGAGUUUGCCGAUGUGAGACGCGAUCCGACCACCGGAGAGCCGAUUUUCCGAGGUUUUACUAUCGACUUCUUCAAGGCCGUCAUUAACACCGCCAUGCCUUACACCGUUUUGUUUGAUUUCAUCCCCUAUGCUAUGCCUAAUGGCACCAUGAAUGGCACUUAUGAUGAUAUGCUUCGAGCUGUCUUCUCUGGGGACUAUGAUGCAGCAGUGGGUGACAUUUCUAUAAGACAUUACAGGACACAAUGGGUUGAUUUUAGCAUGGCAUUCUCCGAGACCGGAGUGUCAAUGCUAGUACCGUUACGACGGGCGGCCGGGAAAAGGGAAACAUCAUUUCUUACGCGUCUUCCUCACGGUCUAAUAGGAGCAGUUGUGGGUGUUUGCUUUAUCGCUGCACUUUUCUUUUGGUUUUGGCAACGCAAAACUGCUCAUCAUCAAGCCACUGAUCCAGGAGAAAAAGCCGCCGGACAUACGAGGCUAGUGAUUGUGUUAUGCUUCCUUAUGUUGGUAGUCUUGACAACUUGUUUAGGUGCAAUCUUAAUUUCAUUGCAAAUAGAACCCAGGCAAAAACCCCUUAUAGAUCACCACAUAAAUGAUUUCGUACGAAAUGGAAAAAAUGUUGGGUAUCAAACAGGAUCGUUUGUACGUAAUAUGCUUACACAAAGAGGGUUUUCGGAAUCACAACUGAAGUCUUAUUCCACUGUUGAACAAUUGCUGGAUCUUCUCUCUAGAGGAAGUGAUGGAGGGGGGAUUGAUGCUGUAAUUGAGGAAACCCCUUAUCUGAAAUUCUUUCUGACGCAACAUUGCAAUGCCUACACCCUCGUGCCUUCAGCUGUUAUGCAUGCCGACGGAUUUGGCUUCGCCUUCCGGAAAGAGAGACUAACUGAUCUAGUGCGUGAUAUAUCAAUUGCAACCCUACAAGUGACGAAUAACGAAGACCAAUUACGUGACAUUAGAGAUAGAACAAUUGGCGACUUAAAUUCAUGUCGGGAGGAUCUCAACUCUGAAUUGGAUCCAGUAGAUUGGAAGGCUAGCAUGUGGAUUCUAAUAGCCGGUGUUAUUGGAGUUGUGGCUCUUUUAUUAAUCUUUUGUCCUGUUUAUCUUGGUUUCACUAGAUAGUUCCUGAUGUUGGAUAUCACUAAACAGCAGAAAUAACUCUUCUUAAUAAGUCACUCUAGCUUGUUUGUUCUUUAUGUAUUUAAAUAGCACUAUUGUUGACAACAUGCC